CCACGCCGUUGGGACACCAGGAGCCGCCUCACGGUGGACACCUUACCAGCUGAUGAUGGAGUGCCUUACACCUGCCGGGCACUCCACCCCAGCCUGACACCCCCGCCUCUCUCGCCCCCAACGCCCCCUCCCAGCCGCCCCCCAUGGAAGCCACUGUCACCCUCUCUGUUCUGCAUCCCCCGGGGCCGCCAGUCAUCACAGGCUACAACCCGGGGGAGGUGGCCGUGGCUGGGGAGAGGCGCACCAUUACCUGUACCUCUCAGGGGGGGAACCCAAGGCCGUGGGUAUUAUGGUACAGAAAUGGCAACCUUCUUGAUGACACCACCUCUACCUCGUCAUUCCUCUCCUCCUCUUCUGACGGUGGGCAGGAGGACGUGGGCGUGGCUAAGGUGGUAGUGAACGCCCACGAGUUGGUUCUCACCCCGCAGGAGGACGCCGCCCUUCUCGAGUGCCGUGUGUCUAAUGAUCUCCUAAAGGAACCGCUUCUGGCCAAUGUCACGCUGACGGUGUACUACGCCCCUGCCAGUGUCUCCAUCCGCGGUCCUGCUCAAGUGGGCGCCGGGGACACACUGAACCUUACCUGCGAAACCAGUGACUCCAACCCGCCCGCCUCCAUCACCUGGACUCUGCAAGGCGAGGUCGUGGAGAACAGCAAGUCGGUGGUGGCCAAGGACGGCGCGGGGGGCUGGGUGACCUCCUCCCGCGUGAGCCAGCAGGUGGAUAGCGCUGCCAUGAGUCCGCUGAGGGUGGAGUGUCGCGCCCUUAAUCCAGCGGUAGAGCAAGUCGUCCGGAGAACCACUACUAUUACUGUUACCCGUCCCGCUGGCCCUCCGGUGUUCAAGACUGACCUGCGUGACCCCGUGGUGGCCGGAACCAUGGUUGACCUGACCUGCAUGAGCGUGGGAGGUCAUCCGCCGCCCACUAUAAGGGUGUACAAGGGGGAGGAGGAGGUGGCGACGGAGGUGGUGGUGGAGGCCGGGGUGACGGAGGCUCGAGCGGAGGUAGAGGUAACGGCGGCUGACAACAGGAAGGAGGUGUCGUGUGAUGUCACCAGCACGGCAGCCAACGCCACGCCCCACUCCACCUCUGGGACCCUGACGGUGUUAUUCCCGCCGUGGGAGGUGACGGGGGAGGUGACGCCCGGCACGGUGGAGGAGGGGCAGGUGGUGACGCUAGCCUGUGAGUCCACCGCCAGCCUGCCCCCUUCAAACAUCACCUGGACCUCCACCUCGGCCUCCCUGCACGGCGCCAUCGUCAGUACCUCCAGCGGGGCUUUUGGGGGCAUGGUGACCAGGUCUGAACUUCACCUGAGCACCACGGCAGAGGACAAUGGACGCGCCUUCCAGUGUGAGGCUUCCAAUGGGCUGGGCGUCGAAGUGCGGCAGGAGCUUAUACUUAAUGUCCUUCACUCCCCCCAAUGGAUGGUGAAACCUCCAGAACAAUUAGACGUGUAUGAAGGAGCGGAGUUAGUGGUGACAGCUACGGCCCUUGCUAACCCCGGCCCUCUCAGGUACUGGUGGAGGCGAGGGGAGGAGACGCUGGAGGCCACACAGGGGGAGCUGCGUCUGGGGAAGGUGGGGCGUAACCUCUCCGGGAACUACUCUGUCAGCGCCUACAACCCCAGGGGCGCCGUCAACGCCUCCUUUGUGCUGAACGUGCAGUACGGCCCCGAGAACCUGCAGGCGGUGGAGAGGGUGACGAUAGGAGAGGGAGGCGCCGCGACGGUGGAGUGUUCAGCAGGAGGCAACCCACGCCCCACCCUCACCUGGACCACCAGCAAUGCCUUCAACAGCACCACAGCGCAGACACUGUCCUCGGGCGUGAGUGUGGCGAGGCUCGUGCUGGAGGCGGCCACGGACCAGCACACGGGCCUCUAUCUGUGCCACGCCUCCAAUGUUGUGGCUUCUACGCCGCCUGUGUCCACCAAGGUUAUAGUGACUCAGCCGCCCCGUAUGGUGAUGGAGGCGGCAGGUGCUGGAGGGUCCUGGGCGGCAGUGGGGGGCCGGGGCCGUCUGGUGUGCCGUGUGAGGGCUGCCCCCGCCCCGUCCUUCUCCUGGACCACUGAGGACGGCCUCACUCUUCAGUCAGGGCCCAAAUAUAACGUCCAUGAGCCACAGUUGGUGGACGGGCUGGUGCUGUGGGCGUCCGUGCUGGAGGUGCUGCAAGUGGAGAAGGAAGACUACGGCAAGUAUUCAUGUUCUGCUCACAAUGCCCUCGGCUCUGACUCCUCCGCCAUUGCUCUCAACCCACCCGCACGUCCACACCCGCCCACUAACUUCACGGUCACCAACAUCACCUCCUCCACUGUCUCCCUCUCCUGGAUUCCUAACUUCGCCGGGGGCCUUCCACGCGGCUACUCCAUCAGGUACCGCGCCACAGGAACACUCGAGCACCAGACGGUGGAGCUCUCAGGCGGCAACACAGCAGGCACCACACUGACGGGGCUGACAGCACGUAACUACCUCUUCAGCAUCAGGGCUACCAAUGACCAGGGCGCCUCGGAGUUCCUGAAGCCGCCACUCCUCGCCUCGCUGCCUGCGGGGCCUGAAGGGAGUGGCGGGCCUUUAGGGACGGGUCGGUGGCGCGUGCCUCGCCUCAUCCUGGUGGUGAUGAGUCUGACGGGCGCCUCGCUUCUGCUCCUCAACAUUGCCAUCAUUGCUUGCUUCGUGCGGCGCCGAGCCAGGACACGCCUUGCCGCAGGUUCUGCUUCCACCACCAAGACGGAGGUGUCACUAGAUGGCUACAGUGGAGCGAACCACAUGGCUUCUCCUCACCAUAACACCUCCACCUCAUCCACCACCACCACCACCACCAGCCUUGUUGUCCCCACCACCAACCCUCCUCCUCCUCCCCCACCACUGCCCCAGCACCUGCCGCCCUCCACCACCACCGCCUCCACCACACUCCUCCUCCACCACCACAACAACACUCGCGGAAAUUUCUUUCAGCCACAGCAUAAUGGUAGCAAUCAACAGCAGCAGCAGCAACAACAGCUUCAACAACAGCAACAGCAGCAGCAGCAGCAACAACAGGUGGUCUUCCCGCUUCCACCAGGCAACUGUCAGGUUGGGAUGGAGGUCAGUGACGGGAUGGGCGAGGUGAACUUGAACGCCUCACCCAUGCAGAACGGGGGGCUAAUGCGGAGGGGCAGCAUCACCUCCUUCAAGAGUGCAGUGAGGGAGAACGGAGGAGUGCCGUGCCGUGAGCGUCGAAGUAGUGGCGGAGGAGGAGGCUGCAGUGGUGGUGGUAGUGGUAACAACGCAGGGCCAGGAGGCGAGAGUCCUUACCACCACCAUCACCAUCAUCACAUGCAUCCUCACCCACACCACCACCACCACCACCACCAUCACCACGAUCCGGAGGUGUGUUCUCUAACCUCCAGUACCUACGACGCCUCCCCUGGACUCCCCACCUCGGCCUCCACCAGCAUCCUCCCCCAGCAGGAGCAGAGGAGGAGCUCAGACGCAGGCACUCCGGGAGACGACCAGAUUUCUUUGGCUUCCUUCCACAGUAGUCAUUCUCGCACUUAUUCCCAAGGGUACAUCCGCCCCCUGCCCCCUCCUGGCUGCCCCCACUACUCCGUGCACCCCUGCCAGAGUCUCCCGUGCCCCCAAAGUGAGCCACAGUCCCUACCCUCCGCGGUGCAGCAAGGGCAGUUAUACACAAGUCUCAACCCGUCAAGUCUGUACAGCCUCAGUUCGGAGUAUUACGAGGCGCGAUGUGGCCAGUCCUCCUUCGCUGCUGGCGCCGCUCCCAUGGGAUACGCCACGCUGGGCCCCAGGAGUCGUCGUGCUCCAUCCUCACAGUUCUCCACCCUUCAGCGGCCCCGUGGAGCGCGGUUACAGCCAAGGACAUGUCAGGCUGACUGCUGUGAGUACGAGAACGACCCACACAGCAGUACCAACACACAGCAGCGCCGCAGCAGCUUCCACGGCUCCCUCCGACGCUGUGACGCUCAAGAUACACCUGAUACACAACAACAACAGCAACAGCAGCAGCAACAACAACAGCAGCAUAACACACAGCAGCAGGUCCAGCAGGAGGUCGUGGAGAGUGGGUACAGCACCGCAGCACAGCAUAAUCAGAAACAGCAGCCAGAAACGAGUGAAGCUGCAGGAAGAGGAAGAGUAGCAGGAAUUUUAGGAGGACCAAGAGGAGGAAGAGUAGGAGGGUACAGCAGCCAGCGUUCUUCACAGCAAGACCUUUACAGCAGAGGGCAGGGCAGUCAGGUGAACAGCAGAAUAAACUCCCGUGAUUCUAUCGUUGCUGUGCCUGCCUUCCUCAUUCCAAACAGCAGUAACGGCAACAAGAAUAUUAAUAGCCCGUCCUCUCCUCCAUUGCCACCACCACCGCCACCCAUUACCACCAUCACCACAACCGCUUCUACCUUCACUCCCUCUGCUGCAGCCUCCACCUCACGCCCAAGGUUUCCACAUGAUUACGUUCGUCACGGAUCCACCAAGAGAACCAAGGGAGCUGUGGAUAAGAAGAAGUAGAGAUAGAGAGCAAAAAAUCACAUAUCACAAGCACCAACAUGCCUUCCCCGACCACUAACAGGACACCCUCAUACCCUCCACUACUAUGAGCUGUGUAGACGACCCAGUGUGUGUCUGUGUUAAUAUCUACAGGUAUGAGAGAUGGAAGGAUUGCAUUAGAGACACGUUGAAAUAUAAAGCGUGUGUCAGUGUUGCUAUGUGCAGGUGAAAUAAGAGAUGGAACUUGAUUGUAGACAAGAUGAAAUGCAGAGCGUAUGUGUCUGUGUUGCUGUUUACAGAUGAAAUGAGAAAUGAAAGAUUGCAUUAGAGACGUUGAAAUACAGAGCGUGUGUGUCUGUGCUGUUCUCUACUGGUGAAAUGAGAGAUGGAACUACAUUAUAGACACUUUAAAAUGCAGAGGUUUGAGGAGAGGGAGAAAAUAGUUGAGUUUUGCUGAGUCUCUUCGUUACUUUGGCCUUUCAAUAAACCUACUUUUAAAGGCCACACGAAUGAUUUAGUCGGGA